AUGCUGCCGUACCUGUUCCCUGAGCUGUCCACCUUUGCUACAGUCGCCGAUCUUAUCACCCACCUUCGCACUAGUGAUGCUCGCCUGCGUGCUGCCCUUCCCACCGAGUUCUGCGCUAAGAACCCCCCUCCACUGUACUGGACACUCCACUUCAUAGUCACCCGACUCCCUGACACCCUCAGCUCAGUUCGAGACCACUUCCUUGCUCGCUGGGUGUUCUCCCUCUCCCCUUGUCCCUCCUACGCUACUGCUGCUGCUGUUGACUUCCUUGGUGCUGAGUCUGCUGGCGCUGCUUCUGCUCCUGGUGGGAGGCGCCGCACCGGCAAGGGCAAAGGGGGCAAGGGUGGCGGGGGUGGCGCUGGGGGGGGAGGAGGUGGGGGAGGUGGGGGGGGAGGCGGUGCUGGAGGGAGCGGUGGCGGGAGUGGCUGGGGGAGUGGGGUCGGCAGCGGAGGCGGGGGCGGCGGAGGGAGCGGUGGCGGCGGUGGCGGCGGCGGCGGUGGCGGCGGCGGCGGCGGUGGCGGCGGCGGCGGUGGCGGUCGGAGCGGAGGUAGUGGUGGUGGCGGAGGUCGGAGUGGAGGCACUGGCUCGGGCCAGAGCUCCCAGCAGCAGCAGCGUCCCCAGACGACCCAGCAGCUUCGUGAGUGGCUUGCUCAGCGUGGGACGUCGGGGGGCAAUGGCCGCUGUUCCUAUGUCAUUCGCACAGGUGACCGCAAGGGACAGACGUUCCACACCCCGUACCGCUGCUUCUCCCGCCUUGACGACGCUUGGCGUGAGGAGAUGGGCAAGGAUGUUGAGCGCCCCCCGCUGGGCUGA